GGGCCUACGUCUUACCACUGGAAGGCGGUGUGGUCUUCACGUCUGUUAAUAGUGCCUGUGUUAAUUUAUUUAUAUAAACGAUAAAUCCGAAAAGAAAUGCCACCGAAAGGAAAGGGUGGCAAGGGUGGAAAAGGUGCUUCGGGGAGCGGUGAGGCCGAUAAAAAAGAAAAAGAAAAGACCCCUAAGGGGGGGACAUCUGUUAAGGUACGUCACAUCCUUUGUGAGAAACAUGGUAAAUGUAUGGAGGCCAUGGAGAAGCUGAAGUCCGGUGUGCGAUUCAGCGAAGUGGCAUCGCAGUACAGCGAAGACAAGGCCAGACAAGGGGGUGACCUUGGCUGGAUGACCAGAGGAUCCAUGGUUGGGCCAUUUCAGGAUGCAGCGUUUGCCCUCCCUGUCAGCACCAUGGACAAACCCGUGUACACGGACCCUCCUGUCAAAACCAAAUUUGGUUACCACAUCAUCAUGGUGGAGGGCAAGAAGUGAAUCCUUUGAGUUUGUAAGGUCAUUUUUUGGGGCUUGAGAAUUUAUUAUGGUGUCCGUAGUAUGAGGAUUAAAUUUACCCAAAAGAGAGCCCCAGUUGUCUACUUUCUGACUCUUUUAAUUCAAAGAUAUUUCUAUUUUUUUUCCUGAAGUAUAAGCCAUUUUCACAUCAUGUGUCCAUUGUCUUGCAGCAGGUGCUUUGACAUCCAGUUGUGAUACUAACUUUGGAAUAAAAAAAUCCACUAUGA